AGAUCUUAUGAGUGCGACCGGUUUAGUAGUAAUAGUAUUGUUUGGUAUACAUUGUAUUGCCAUACGAUUGGACACAACAACAACUAUCACCACAAACACAUCACUCAAGACAUUCAAUACAAUUAUCAUCGACAGAGACGACGACAACAACAACAAUGUCUUGUGUCGCUUGUAUAGUAAAAUUGUGUGAAUAUUACUGUGAGAUAUCACCCGAAUUGGUCGACGCCGACUACAAUACAUCCAAUAACAGACGAUACAAGUAUUGUCGACACACAUGUCUUAUCAAUCCGAUUGAUAUAUUCAAAGAAAUUGUCGACAAUUAUGACAUUAAUAGAAAGGAUAUUCAGUUACAGUUAGGCAGCGCUUCCAAUGAAGUCAAAAAGUGGUACAAUUUUAUCAGUUUUGGUGAUUAUACUGAUGAAGACAAACAGAAAAAUCUGAUUCGCUUUCAAAUGCGUGCAAAUUAUGUGACCGUAAGUGUAUCGUUGGCCGCACUCUCACCGCACACUUGCGAUAAACUCAUGAAGUUUAGGAUAAAUACGGCACAAAUACUAACUAUUGAACAAUUGAAACAAAAGUUGGCCAUUGAGUACAUGUUUGCCGCCGAAUCGGUUUCAUUGUAUUUGUCCGAUACUAACAAACAUUUUACUAAUCGUCAGCUCUUGGAUGAUAUGGCCGUCAAAAAUGCCUGGUUUUACCCACACUUUAAUCGCAGUGUUAUUCAUAUUAUACCCAACUGUGGCGUCAAAUAAAUAACUAAAUUUAUCAGUCAAUCAAAUCAUAAAAUUCUUUCAAUGUUCAGUACUCUGUCGAUA